GCGCGUGUGGAUGUCAGCGUUCAUGUUGCGCUGACAUCCUGGUCCCCGCAGUCAGCCUCAGGAUGGCCUGGGGCGUCUUCAAAGAGCUCCUCAUCUCCUUUUUAGACUAUAAAACGGAAAAAUUCAUUGUCGUCAAAAAUAAGAAAAUUGGGAUUUUGUACAGACUCAUUCAGUUAGCGAUCAUCGGUUACGUUAUAGGGUGGGUUUUCAUAAUUAAGAAAGGCUACCAGGAAACAGACGAGGCCAUCCAGACUUCUGUCCUAACAAAACUGAAAGGGGUCUCAGUGACUAACACCUCUGAGUCCGGUCCACAGGUAUGGGGACCAGAGGACUAUGUCAUCCCACCACAGGGUGAAGAUGUUCUGUUUGUUGUAACCAAUUUCUUAGAGACACCAAAUCAGAAGCUGGGAUACUGCGCUGAGAGCACCAGAGUGCUGCAUGGCCACUGUCGAGACGACGAGGACUGCGAAGAGGGACAGAUGGUUGUGGCUGGUAACGGAAUGAUGACUGGCCGAUGCUUAAGAAAAGAUGAAGACUCCACCGGUUCCUGUGAAAUCUACGGCUGGUGUCCCGCUGAGAGAGACUACAACCCAGAGGGGCCUAUGCUGACAAACGCUGAAAACUUCACCAUCUACAUCAAGAAUUAUAUCCAAUUUUCCAAAUUCCAGUUUGCAAAGUCCAACGUCCUUGAAACAAAUGAUGACUUCUAUUUGAGGAAAUGCCGAUAUGACGAAGAGCUCCACCCCUACUGCCCCAUCUUCCGCCUGGGAGACAUCACCAGGCGAGCUGGAUACAACUUCCACGACAUGGACACCGUUGGUGGCUCCAUUAGCAUUAUGAUAGAGUGGGACUGUGACCUUGACAAAGUCAACUUUAACUGCAAUCCACAGUAUCGCUUUACUCGCCUGGACACCAGCGACUCCAACAUGACCAUCACGAAGGGGUUCAACUUCAGACACACUCGGUAUUUCAAAAAUGCUGCCGGUGAGACGUACAGAUCUCUAUUCAAAGUCUAUGGUAUCCGAUUUAACAUCAUGGUGCAUGGAAAGGCAGGGAAGUUCAGCAUCAUCCCAGCAACCAUCAAUGUUGCUGCAGGACUGGCUUUGAUGGGUGGUGCAGCUGUCUUAUGUGACGUGAUCCUUCUCUACAUCACGAAGGAAAGAGCCACUCAUCGAGAGAGGAAGUUUGAAACACCUAGAGUCGACAAUGUGGAGAUGUCAGAAAGGUGCAUGAGAACCUGACGUGUUAGUCUCCUCAUGCAGUGAAACAAAUGUUUACUGACAACAUGUUUCAUUUAAUUUCAUUUAAAAUAGUCAGUCCUGCCAUGCGCUAUGCACUCCUUGACUUCGGCUUUAUUCAGCUUGUCGUGGUUUUGUUGAGUCACUGGCAGCACCAGGUUAAGGUUAGGCAAGGAUUAUGCUCUAUUUUAAUUCGGAAAUGUCAGCAGUGACUUGAGACCUAAAAAUUUGGAUUAACACUUAACCGAUCAUGAUCGUUCCAUUACCUGAUCCAAGGUGCUAUUGUGGCCAAAACCUGGCCACAAUCUGAAAACAAAACCCUGAAUUCUGGUGUCACACUCCCGCACUGUGUGUGUCCACCAUCCACACCAACUCCUGGUUGGAAGAAAAUCUUUUUAUUUUAACUCAAAUUCAAAUGAACAUACUUUUAAGGGAAUCCUGAUUCUGCGACUCUUUAUGGUGUUUAUGACGUACAGUGUAAAAGUCAUAAUACUGAUCGCUAAUUGGAUAAAAGGACAUUUUUGUUUGCACAUACUUGGUGCCUCACCUUAAAGAUGAAGCAGGAAUGGUGAGUCUGAUUCACUGACUAUUGCAAGGUUUAUUUUGACCACACUGUGUACUGUAAUGAGCCUAAUGUAUAUACAGUAUUUAAUUUAACCAUCCUUGUUUAGACCAAAAGUCUACACAGUGGCUCUGAGAGGAACACAUCUUGCAGGGACUCUCAUUAAACUCUCGGAGGCCACAGUAUAACGUGCUGGGUUCUGUCGGUCACACUAGCAAAGCGACUCAAGGCACCGCGUUCAUUCUCUGAAUCCACUUAUUCUACUCAGGGUUGUGUUAGGACAAGAGACACAGACAGAUCUAAUACGCAGCAAACCAAACAAAACCCAUGCACUCAUGCAAACGCUACACAGAGAAGUUAGCAUUUUAGCAUUAGCGUUCUCCUUAGCAAAUAUUGUACUGCUUGAUUUCUGAAGACUAAUAAUUACUGUGAAUCGGAUAUACCUCAUACAUGCAUCCUGUAUUAAGUGGCAGCUUUCCUCCAACAAAUUUAUUCCCUCCUAGUGGUCAUUAUGUAAGUUUGUUCAGUCAGUUUACCAAUUAAAGCGUUAUUUAUUAAUUGGUACAGAUGAAAGCUCAAUAAUGUGGUAUACUGUCUGUAUCAUGACUUUAGUGUUUGUUCUGACAGUAGUAGUAAAGAAGAGUUUUGCAGUAGGUUGUAGCACUUGAAGCUGACAUUAGCACUUAGACAUAGACAUACAUAUCACAUAGCCUCGGGCUGUCUCCACAUGUGGCAGCACUGCUGUGUGACAGCUUGGGUUAAAUCUUUUCUUUAGCAUGACUCCAACAGUGAAGUGGUCACGAGCUGAGCUCUCGAGUGCAGCUAAGAGCAAUUUUGUUUUUUUGCUUUCCUGGAAAUGAACAGCGAACAAGUAAGACGCGGUCUUUGUGAAAUAUCUCCUCGGGGGAAGAGGAGGGAAUGUCACUAAAUAAACAUCUAUCUGUUAUCCCCUCAGCACUGUUACCUUCCUUUAUUUAUUUUUUAGCUUUGGUACGACCACGCCAUAGAAAUGGUAGGAAAGAUACAUUAUCUCUGGCUGUACUGUAACAGCUACGAAGAGUCCUGCUGUGCUGCAUCCUCUUGCUGAACACAGCUUGGUAACAUUUGGGGUAACAUGGCCAUGUACAUGUUUCUGUAAAGAUUUGUUGUUGAAUUUUUUUGGGGGGUGUGUUUUCCAAUGACUCACAGUUGCAGCUGCUUGGUGGGUGCUGAUCACCCUCACAACAACUUUGACAACAAUAAAAGCAGAGAUAGAACAAAAGGCAGCUUGUAGGGCAGUAAAAACAAGUCAACAUAAAACUCUGCAGUGUGUUUUAUAAUGUUAAAUAUUUAGGAUUUGUUGUUAAUCUACUAAAAUAUGCAAAUAACAGAUCACAGCCACAGUCUCCACCCGGAUGUUUCUGUUUCUUCACAAAUAUAUAACUCCUGUUUGACUUACUUGAACUGAGAAAAAUAUUUUUUUUGCACUUCCUGGUUGUUGCCUGCAGAUGUCACUAAAAGACAACUUGAUGCUGUAGUCACAUGCAGAAACAUUUCACAGUGGAGAGUCUGUUCAGGCAGUUUAACAGCAGGCACUUUUACAUGAAAGCCUCACUUAUAAUCACCAGAAGGGCUCUUGGGCAUAUGAAAUAUAUAAACAUGUAUAUAAAGUGAGAGUAUGCUCCAUCUGACUCUUCAUAAAUGCACAAAAUAUUAGAUUUUUUUUGUUGAGGAAAUGCACUGAUGAGGUCAAUCACCUUUUUAUCGUUCUUGUUAAACUUACAGUAUCAGGGAUUUAAACAAGAGGAGCACUGAUCAAACUCUUAUGUUCUAUAUUUUACAGCAGCCCAAAGUACAUUAUUAUUUCAAGUAAUAUGAAAGAGGUUAGAGGGCAGAUUUAAUAAAAAUAAUAAUAACAAUAUGCUUAUUGCGUUAGCUUGUAGCUCAAAUUACCGCUGUCCCUAUAGCCACUGUAGACCGUUUGCCUUGUUUGUUAGAGAAUGCAGGGUUUCUUUUGGUCAUGAACCCAGCUUCAAGAUUAUAACAAAACAAUGAAGUGCUGUUGUCUGUUGUUGGAGGGAUGUUAUCUCACUGGCUGGUCGCGUCAGGAUAAAAUUAGACCUCAAGUGUUUCGGCAGAGCCAAAGAAUGGAAAUGUACGGGCUGAAAUCGAAGAUGUGUUAUAUCAUUUGAUACAAGAUGACAUAGGCUAAAUAUACACAAUCCUGCUCAGAACUCAGGAAUAAAGCUAAUCUCCAUGUCCCAAUGUCUCCAAUGUCUCUAAUGUCUCCAAUGUCUCCAAUGUCUCUAAUGUCCCCAAUGUCCAUGUUUUAAUGUGUGUGUUUAAAUGUUUGGGGAAAAGCUGUAGCUCAUCAUUUAUUACAAUGUGUAUUUGUUUUUUAAUGAGUGAAUUCAUUUGCUAUUAAGCCAAGCUUUGCAAGACAUGAGGCAUUGCUCAGCGCUCACUUUUGCUUUUGCUGUUUAAUCACAGUUGUAUGAAACAAUAAAUGAUUUAAAUCUUA